AUGGCCUCAAACAACGUUAUCUACAUCGCCACAGAAAACUCGGAGGUGCCUACCGAGUUUGUGGAGCUGCAGGAGGUCAACCUGGAGACUCUCCCUCUGGAAUCUAUCCCUGUGGGGACUGUUCCUAUGGAGAAUAUCCCGGUAGAGACUUUCGCUCUGGGGACUGUUCCCGUGGAGGAUAUCCCUGUGGAGACUUACGCUCUGGGGACUGUUCCCAUGGAGGAUAUCCCGGUGGAGACUUUCGCUCUGGGGACUGUUCCCGUGGAGGAUAUCCCUGUGGAGACUUACGCUCUGGGGACUGUUCCCGUGGAGGAUAUCCCUGUGGAGACUUUCGCUCUGGGGACUGUUCCCGUGGAGGAUAUCCCUGUGGAGACUUACGCUCUGGGGACUGUUCCCGUGGAGGAUAUCCCUGUGGAGACUUACGCUCUGGGGACUGUUCCCGUGGAGGAUAUCCCUGUGGAGACUUACGCUCUGGGGACUGUUCCCGUGGAGGAUAUCCCCGUGGAGACUUUCGCUCUGGGGACUGUUCCCGUGGGGGCUAUCCCUGUGGAGACCACCCCCUUGGAGCCAGUGACCAUGGAAACCUUUGCAUACGAGGGUACUGGUGACAGUUGGGUGCAGGGUGUCGACUACAGUCCGUCUCUGGGUGUGCUGCACCCGCUCCUUAUUAGACAAAAUGAACAGGACCGUGGCGAAGAAAUGGUGAUGGUACAAACCCAGGAGGAGGUGGUGGGCUACAGCGAGUCAGGCGGCCUGCCCAGUGACAGCUUGCAGGGGCAGCAAAUGGUCGCCUCCAAGGAGGAAGACAUCUACUUCCAGCAGGUCCUGGCUUCCCUGGAAGCCUCCGCAUCAUCAGCGACCCAGAGCUACACUAAGAAGCGCAAGCGCAACCGCAACCGCAGCAAAAAGCCCGGCAUCGGUAAGCAGAGCUCCACCAGCAGCACAGCCGCUGCGGGGAUGGCGGCCGGGGCGGUGGCGAGGACUGCAGCUGGGACCGCAGCUGGGGCGGCGCCUGGGACAGUGGCAGGGUCAGAGUCGGCAGCAGCGACAGCAAGAGGCUGCAGGAAGUGGGAGCAAAAGGAGGUGUUUAUCAAAACCCUGGAGGGUGAGUUUUCUGUCACCAUGUGGUCCCCAAACAAUGACGGGGACCAGGAAACUGAAGGACUGGUUGGGGAGAACUCACCACCUGAUUAUUCAGAGUACCUGACGGGAAAGAAACUUCCUCCUGAAGGAAUACCUGGCAUGGACCUGUCAGAUCCCAAACAGCUGGCAGAAUUUACUAAAACGAGGCCAAAGAAACCUAAAGAUGAUGUUCCAAGGACAGUAGCUUGCCUUUAUUCAAGCUGCGGAAAGAUGUUCAAAGAUAUCGGAUCUAUGAGAAAGCAUCUGAACACCCAUGGCCCCAAAGCCCACAUAUGUGCAGAAUGUGGCAAAGGUUUUGUUGAGAGUUCAAAACUGAAACGGCAUCACCUGGUGCAUUCUGGAGAGAAGCCCUUUCAGUGCACAUUUGAAGGCUGUGGAAAACGCUUUUCCCUGGAUUUCAAUUUGCGUACGCACGUACGAAUCCAUACCGGUGACAAGCCUUAUGUGUGCCCCUUUGAAGGUUGUGAUAGGAAGUUUGCUCAGUCAACUAACCUGAAAUCUCAUAUCUUCACGCAUGCUAAAACCAAAGAUAGUCAUUAAAAAGGAGAGAAAACCCUUUUAUGAUUCCUAAGGGUCAUGUUUUGAUAAAUUAGUAGAAAAAAGUGUUUAAGAUUCUUUAAAAGGUUAAAAAUACUAAG